CAACAAGCUUCUGUCUUCUCCUUCAUCUGCUUCGUUUUUCUUUUUGGUAUUUCAUUGUUUUUUUUUUCCAUUGUAAAGUUAGAUAAUAUCUCUGAAUUGGCAUAUGACACAAACCCCUGUUGUAUUUCGAGCUAAAUCCCAGUUAUUUCAGUCUUAGGGUUUAUGGGUUUGAAAUAUUUGGAUGUAUCCCAGUAACUUGGACAUUUUGUGCACUAGUUAAGUAGUGUGAAUUUUAGUUGUUUUAAGUAUGUACUACUACUAAGUUAAGUGGUAUAUGAAUAUGGGUUAUAUGUUUAUGGGUAUGAUUUGGCUUUGAAUUUGGUGGCAAGCUGUUGCUUUAAUGGAAAUGUGGAGAGAUUCUGUCAUUGGGUUGUUUGCUAGUAUACUUGAGGAUGCUGCAUUUGGCUCAUAACAAUGCUCAUGAUGAAAUUAUUAGUGAGAAAAUUCAGGCUGAUAUAGGAAGCGUCAUGGCAUCGAGAACUUUGCGGAAAAGGCUUCAUCAUGGGGAUGUUGAUGGGAAAAAUAAUGAGCAUUUAGAGACAUCAGGGUCAGAUGAUCUUAAUGAGCCUCUACUGGGGAAUUAUUAUUCAGAUACGCAUGCUGAGGAAUCCACAAUUGAAGAGACCUGGGAUGAUGAACGGAGAAAGGAACACCUCCAUUGGACCCUUCUGUUUUCUCAGUUGAUUGCACAGUGGGCACGGUGGUUAGCAAAUAUUGUUCUUGGAUCGGGAUCGCUUAUUGGGCGGCUUUUGACCUUCCCUUCAACUACACAAAAUGGACAAAGCACUAAGUUGCUUGCACCACCCCUUAGUCCUCUGCAAGAAGCAAGACUCAGAAAGCUGCGACAAAGGCUUGAAGUACCCUUUGAUGGCUCUCGUGUGGAGCAUCAAGAUGCACUUUUACAGUUAUGGAGGUUGGCUUAUCCAGAUAAGGAGCUCCCACCUCUUAAAUCAGAACUUUGGAAACAGAUGGGAUGGCAAGGUUCAGACCCUUCAACAGACUUUAGAGGCGGGGGAUUUAUAUCAUUGGAGAAUCUUAUAUUUUUUGCCCAACAGUAUCCGGAAUCAUUCCAAAGAUUGUUGCACAAACAAGAUGGAACUAGAGCUGAGUGGGAAUAUCCCUUUGCUGUAGCUGGUAUCAAUAUUUCUUUUGUCUUGGCACAAAUGUUGGAUCUUCAAUCAGCAAAGCCAGCUAGUUUGGCAGGCAUCCGUUUUCUCGAACUGCUUCAAGAAGAUGAAAUGGCAUUUGAUAACCUUUAUUGUGUAGCCUUCCAGAUGAUGGAUGCUCAAUGGCUUGCAAAGCGUGCUUCCUAUAUGGAGUUCAAUGAUGUUCUGAAGUCUACAACAAGUCAGCUAGAGCGUGAGCUUGCACUUGAAGAUGUCUCAAGUGUAAAAGAUUUGCCAGCAUACAAUAUGUUGAGAAGAUGAUCUCUUAUUCUCUUUUGGUUUUUUUUUUUUUUUUUUUGGUUCAGUUUUCAUUCCUGUAAUUCUUCGUACAUUCUCACCAUCUGUAAUAUCAUAGAAGAAAUUCUAUCUUCAAAAUCCAGUAGUCACAUACUUAAUUCAUUGAUCCAAGUGCCUUGUCAUCUUUUAUUUUC